AUGGUGUUGACUAGAGUGGCGUUCUUGGCAACUUAUGAAAAAGCUCAUCGUGACAUGAGAAAUUUCAAGUGUUUCUCAUUAUAUAUUCCUUUCAGACUUUUCUGGAGUGACUGGGAAACGACCGGGAUUCACUCAGUCGAUAAAGAGACUGGUAAAGAUGUCGAGACUAUAGCCCAGGGCCUUGAUCGGCCAACAGAGUUUACUGUGUUUCAGGCUACGCCUCCAGUUGAUUCUCGCAUACGCUGCCCAGAUCCAGGCAACCCAAGGAAUGGUGACAGACACCCCUCCCCUGAGGAAGAGGAUGAUUACCCACAGGGCACUGUGAUUCGCUACACGUGUUUCCCUCAGUUCAAUCUACAUGGUCCCGUGACCCGUACCUGUAUGGGCGACGGUAAAUGGAGUGAUAAGUCUCCUGAAUGCCUUGCUCCUCCGCGAUUUCGCGUGACGCCAAGUAACGAAUCGCUCACAGAAACGAACAGCGCCAUUUUACAUUGUUCUGCGUCAACUUCGGAUACAAAGAUCACGUGGUAUAAAGAUGGGAAACCCGUUUCAGGAGACAACUUUGCUUUCGCGAAGAUUGGCAGUUUGUUGAUUCUGCGCGCUUACCUCGAGGAUAAGGGCUGGUAUAUCUGUAACGCAACAAACAGGGCGGGAACUAAACUGGCACGAGCUUAUGUUAAGGUGGUGCGACCGCUGGACGCAGACUGCGGCAGACCAACCCUUGCGACUCGCGGCAAAAUCGUUAACGGGGACAAGGUCGAAAAGGGGUCUUACCCGUGGAUGGCGAGUCUUUGGGACACAAGGAGAAAAAGACAUUUCUGUGGUGGAUCACUGGUGGCUAACAGAUGGGUUUUGUUUAGCAAUUCUCCUGCACACAAAUAUCUUAAAAUGUAG